AACCAAUGUUUCAACCUAGCUUUGCCGCCAUCUUGGCAAAGUAUGACUGCGAGGCAUCAUGGGAGAAUACCAACGCAUUGGAGACUGGAAACUAAAACUGAUAUACACUGGGAAGCAACUGCCGAGAGCGAGUUGGUUCCAGGUUUUUUUUAACCACACGGCCAUCAGGGAGGCGCGGUCACAAAGUGCCAACAUGGCGGCCUCAGAGAAUGUUGUCGUCGUGCCUUUAGAACCAGCAAAUACAUGUUUCACAAGAGAAGACUUCAUGAAAUCGACGUUUAGCGUCGAUGGUUUUGUGAGUGACUGCAAGAGAAAUGUGUCUCUAGAAGUACUGAAGACAGAUUUAGACGAAUAUCUUAAAGCCCUGAAACAUGCAUUGAUUGAACUUAUCAACCAAGACUAUGCUGAUUUUGUCAACCUCUCUUCUAAUCUGGUUGGGAUGGAUAAAGGAAUCAGUAAUUUGUCUGUCCCUCUUGGUCAAUUAAAGGAGGAGGUUUUAAUGAUUAGAACCGAGCUUGAUAAUACUAUAGUCUCUAUUGAAGAGAAGCUUGAUCAAAGAUCACAGUUGAGACAAAAGAAGGUCUGUAUGCAGCAUCUUCUGAACAUCACCAAGUCUUUAGAGAAGAUCGAGAGACUGUUAAAAGGCUCCCUUGCUGAUGAUACAGCUGACAUUAAUGAGGAUAGUGAGGAUGAGUCACACCUUAUUGAAAGGGUCGCCAGUGAGUUCAAUCAACUGCAGUUUUAUGUCACCCAAAGCCAAGGCCACCCACUAGUAGAAAAUAUUAGAUGGAGGAUUGCAUCCAUCACCAUCACGCUUCAGAAGAAACUUGAAGACGCUUUUCAAGAAGGAAUCAAGUCAAAUCAGUUUGAUUUGUUAGCACGUGUUCUGCGCACAUAUGCUAUUAUUGACAAGAUAAAAGAUGCUGAGCUGCUGUUCAGAGAAGUCCUGGUGAAACCUUAUAUGAAUGAAAUAAUCAGUGAGCAAGCAUUUCUAUCAGACCCUGAAAAUGGAUUGCGUGAGAUCUACACCAAAAUACUAGAGUUCAUCCCCAAGUACUGUUCAAACAUGCUCCACAUCACAUCCGGAGGCUUCUCGUCAGAAGAAACAGGGCCUCACAGUGAAGGCAGGGCUGCUAUUCGCGGAUUCGACUUUAUGGUCAACUCCAUUUGGCCCGAGGCUGUACACCUGAUAGAGACCCGACUGAGCUCCGUAUUCGCUCCAGGGAAUCCUGAUGCGUUUCACAAGAAAUAUCGCACGAGCAUGUGGUUUGUCGACAAGUUUGAGUUGCUUUGCUGCUCAAAAGCAAGCGUGAAAAGGCUGCGAGACCACCCCAGUUACAGCGCGUUCAUGUCACGAUGGAGCCUACCUGUGUACUUCCAAAUCAGACUCCAAGAAAUCGCAGGAAAGCUGGAACUUGUACUAAGCUCUCCUUCGGACCCAUCAAUAGCAGGAGAGGGUCCUCUUCUGACGCCCGUGGGUAAUGUGCUCCUCUGGGCGUUGAUGAGGUGUUGGGAUGACUCCGUAUACAUACACGCACUUUGCCACCGAUUUUGGAAGCUAACGUUACAGUCUAUAGCAAGGUUUUCCUUUUGGUUGAAGUCUGAGCUGUCUAACGAAGACAAGGCUGGUGGAGAAACAUCAGAUGUUUUGCUUGCUUUCUUUGUUCAUUUGCUCGUAGAUGUUAUCAACUUAUCGAAAAAGAUUCCUGAACAUUUUAAUAAUGUUAUUCUGCCUAAACUAGCGAGGAUUGGUCUCAAGGAUACAACAAUACUUACAGACGCCCUAGAAGACUCGGUAAAGACCCUGACUGCCCUUGUUCCGAGUCUAGAGAAUACCAUUAUCAAGCAAGUGAGCAACAGGGCGACACAGGGGCUUGAUGCAGUACGGAACAUACCGCGACUGUACCGCAGGACGAACAGAGAGGUUCCCGCAAACGCGUCACCUUUUGUAUCAAUGGCGAUCAAGCCGGUUCACGAUUUCCAGCAUCAGUUCCGUGGCCUAGUGCCAGAGGAGCAAAGAUGCCGCUGGACGCAACAAGUACUGCAGGCGAUGUUCAAUAGGUAUAACGCUAUGACGUCAGAAGUGCUGACAUCAAUAAAGAAAACCGAGGACAGUCUGCUAAGACUAAAGCGCACGCGCAAGCAAGGCGCCGGCAGUACGCAAUCCAGCGGCAGCGCACAGGAGGGCAUGAGCGAUGACGACAAAAUUAGACUACAGUUUGCUUUGGAUGUUGAGGAAUUCAGCAAAUUGAUGCAAGAAUUAGAAGUUGACAAGAAUUCUUGCCCAGCCUUCCAGGAAGUCUUCUCAUUCGUACAAUCCGCGCGUGCUGGGUCCUAGUGACCAUGCUACCAUCAGGCUCAACGAGAAAAUGGUAUGGGAUAAUAGAUCUUGCUGGAUAGGGUAGUAAGAUAGGAAUAAAACACGGCUGCAAACACAAAUUCCAGAACGGCUGCCACGUGGUUCUGACAUUGGCUACAACAUUGACAAGAACAACAUCAGCAAAUACGACAAAAGCGCAAAAAAAAGGGACAAGAGAACAAAAACGACGACGACUUUGACAACACAUUCAAUGACAAUGAUGAGAAAAACAAUGGGAAAAACAGUCACACGGCUGCACAGUUGCAGUGAAAGGAUUAUUUAUAGUCAUAUCAUUAUCAGCAGCAGCUGCAACAUCAGCAUGAAAAGCAAAGAAGGGCAUAGUUGCAGAAAACCACCAACAACCAUGAAGGUGAAAUAUUAGUGUUUUGGACGAAUCCAGAGAAUUUAUAGAGCUUUUCAAAUGAUUAAGGUAAAAAGAUUAUAAUUAAUGGAAGAGAGAGAGCGAGAGAGAGUGAGAUUUUCCUUUGUCGUCAUAACGUUUUGUCGAGACCAAUUUAUAAAGUGAGUGAGUAGGCACCUAUGGAGGUCUGUGAAGCAGUAGAGGUAUUUUAAAACAGUCAUUCAACGUCUUACAGUUCUGUACACACCUAUGAUUUUAUGAACGUUGUUCCAACGUAACGUGUUGUGUCAAUGUAACGUGUAAGUAUUUCAUACUUAGAUCGACUAUGUCGUCGUGUAAAUACAUAUAUUGUAAAUAGUUCAAAAGAAAGUAAUAAAUUGAGAAAUGGGAACGGUAA